UCUGGCAUAAGACGGGCAAAAACUACGGUUAUUCUUCAUCAGAAGGUACGUUUGUGACCAGAUCUCUUACAGAAGACAGUAUAACUACUGAGUGUUCUGAGGAACUACGGUUAUCCCAUAAGCUCUCGAGUUGUGGCUCACACUUGGUUGUCAAGAGUUAUACUGGUUAUACUCGAAAGGAUUACUUGACCCCAUAUAUAGGCCACAGGCAGGGUUGGUCAAAAACUACGGUUAUUCCUACAGGGGCACCUGUCGUGACUUGUGUAAUGGAAGACGAUGCGCUAACCGAUCAUUCUGAAGAACUACGGUUAUCCCAUAAGCUCGUUCAAGAGUUGUGUUUCAUGAUCGGUUGUCAAGAGUGUGUAUCGUGUGCUCGAUCACUUACCGCUUGGUCUUUUUUAUCAAAUAAAGCUAUUAUCGUCGCUUUUGCAAAUUCUAUGGCUCUACAAUUAAUCAGGGACAUCGGUAGCAAAUAUGAUGAAAUGCCAUCCUUUCAGAAAAAGAUAAAUAGUUAUCAGGUGUUGUUAACUUCUUUUUCUGGUUUCGAGUGGGAAACCCACAAGAAGGCGAAUGUGAGAAUUAGUCAGGGCGGCCCCCAAAGUACUAGUCAGAUGAUCAUCGUCAUAGGGCGCAGCAUCACGCUUAGGCCACACACAGAUCGUCGUUACGUUG